AUGAAGUUCAAGCCAAGCAAAUCCAGGAGCAUAUCCAUCGUCAAGGGGAAACUCACAGACCAGAGGUUCCACAUCAAGGACACACCCAUCCUGUUGGUGUCUGAACUGCCAGUCAAGAGCCUAGGGCGAUUGUACAACGCACAUCUCAAAGACUCAGACCAGAGUGAUCAGCUGAGGGAAGAAACCAUCAAAGCCCUUGUCAGCAUAGACAAGACCUUGCUUCCUGGCAAGUUGAAACUGUGGUGCCUGCAGUUUGGAUUGCUCCCCCACCUGAUGUGGCCUCUUAUGAGAUCCCCAUGA